UGAUAGUCUAACAAUAAAUAAUUGCAAAGAGUCAUUUAAGAUAAAUAUCCAAUGAACUCUGAUGUUUUAUUGAAAUGGAUGAAUGAAGCAUUUAAUUAUGCAGAAGAUGCUCUCAAAGAAGGGGAAGUCCCCGUGGGCUGUGUGCUUGUGUACAAGAACAAAGAAAAGUUAUCGAAUGGACGCAAUAAAGUGAAUGAAACAAAGAAUGCAACGAGACACGCAGAGCUCGUUGCUAUUGACAAUGCUAUUAAAACAGUAACAAGUGACAGCUGGAAACAGAGCCUUCCAAACGAUUGGAAGUUUACUGAUGUAUUUGAACACUGUGUUAUGUAUGUGACAGUUGAACCAUGUAUCAUGUGCUGUGGUGCAAUGCGUGCAAUGAAAAUACCGCUAGUAGUUUUUGGUUGCAACAAUGAGCGGUUUGGUGGCUGUGGAUCUGUGUUGUCACUUCAUUCAAAUCGAAAAUUAAACUCAAGUUUAGGUCCAGUUAUAAGUACAUAUGGGGGUCAACAAACAGUUAGAGCAAUAACAUUGUUAAAAGAUUUUUAUAAACAAGACAAUCCCAAUACUGAAGCUUCUGUUGAUUAGUUUAGAUCUUGAAAUUCACUGUAGCAUUUUGGCAAAUCUCAUAAAUCCGCCACAAAGUAUGUGUCACAUCAAUACUGGAAGAAAGUUUAGCGAAUCACAUGUAGUUGAUAAACUGUCGUAUUCUCAAAAUCAACAAACCAAACUUUUAUGGCAAUCGUUACAUUUGGUGAACUUUAAGAAGGGGCAAAAAAAUAAUGAAUCUUUUUUUAGUUACAAAAACUUGUUUUUCUAUUUCAGA